AUAAUGAGAAGGCAGGACUCCCUGGAAAAGAGAAUGAAGUUGGGGGAAAGUGAAAUCAUCAGGAAAAGACUAGGACCAGAUAUGAGAAAAGAAGCCACAGCCUUCAGUUUGCAGGAGCUGAGCAGAGCUGAGCAAUGGUCCUUUGGGAAGUCAUUCCUUCAUAGGGUGACUAUAGAUCAGAGUUGACUUGACAGUAGAUAACAGUAACAGGGGAGCAAGUCAUGCUUUGCCCAAACCAAAAAAUUACCAAAGAAUUCACAAAAGUGAAGCGGAGGGUCCUUAUUUCAUUCUUUUAUAUGUAUCUUGUGUUCAAAUGUCCAACCAGCGACUGUUUUGGAGCAUCCCAGAGGGCCUCCAAAGAUAGUGUCAUUGGCCCUCGCCACCCAUCAUUUUCCCGGAGGCGAACAAUUCUUUUAAUAACAGAGGUGUAGUAGAGCCUGCUUGCCUUCCGGAUAUUUUCAGUUUCGGCUCUAAAAAGUCUAAUCCCGUUUAGCUGGUGGGAAAGGCAUUAUGUGAUUCGUACUCCCAACCACGUGGAAGGUCAACUAUUCCGUUUUAGAAAAUGGUGGCCGUGCGUCUGUCUGGAGACCAGACCAAGCGCGGCGAAGUCCCAGACGGCGCGCGUUUCGCUUCCCAGCGGUGAGGCGGAGGCGGCGCCGCUUUCCACCGACGGGGCCUCGCCCCCCGACGCUUCCCCCCCCUCUCCUCCUCGUCCUCCUCCUCUCGCCGUCGCAAGAGGCCUGCAGACAAAGCGGAAGAGCCCUCCUCGGUCCCGCCCACCGCGGUUCAACCGCGGCGGCCAGGAAGGGGCCCUGACGCCGGAGCUCUCGGCGCACCCUCUCUCCUGGCGUUCUCCUCCUCCCGCGGGGCUGCCAUGGCCCGGGUGAGUCGAGCCGGGCAGCCGCCGCCGCCGGAGGUUCCCGAGGCCUCCCCGGAGCAGCCCGAGAGCUACCAGCUCCGCCAGGGGAAUGAGCUGCAAGUGCUGGAAUCUAUCUAUGGGCGGGACUUCCAAGACUUACGCGUCGGCCAGCCGUGGAAGGUACGGCAGUCUCCAGAAAUCAGUCUUGCUUUGCGACCUCAGGGCUUGACUGGUGACCAUGAAGUCUUUGCCAAAGUUGACUUAUGGGUCAAGUGUCCCCCGACAUACCCUGACAGUGUUCCUGAAAUUGACCUUAAAAAUGCAAAGGGCUUGUCAAAUGAAAACGUUAACUUACUAAAAUCCAAACUUGAGGAAUUAGCAAAAGAACAUUGUGGAGAGGUGAUGAUAUAUGAACUGGCAGCUUAUACACAGUCAUUCCUCAGUGACUAUAAUAAGCCACCUCUAAAAUCUUUCCAUGAAGAAAUGCUGAAGAAUCAGCAGAAGGAGCAAGAGAGGCUAGCCCAGGAAGAACAGCGGCGAAUGCAAGACCUUAAGAGAAAACAAGAGCAAGUGCAACAAGAAAUACUUGAUGAACUUCACAGAAGGGAAGAGGAAAAGAAGGAAGAGAGGAAAAGGAAAGAAAUUGCAAAACAGGAGCGUUUGGAAAGUGCCACAUUGACAAACCAGGAUAUCCUGCCCAGCAGAGAUGCUGCAGGGAACAAAUUAAUGACCAGUUUCAAUGGUGGUGCUACAGAACAUGGAGGGAACAAUAAAUAUCGUGCACAUUCCACAGGGCGUUCAAGAAGAGAACGUCAACAUUCUGCUUGCAGUACUGAAGAUUCUCCUGGAACUUGUGAAAUUCUGUAUUUCAACAGUAGUGCUACUGGUCAGCUUAAAGUACACAAAGGAAGGUGUAUAGACAAGGAUGAACAACUUGGUAAAUCGGUCUACAAUGCUUUGGAUAUAUCCAGCGGCAACUUUGUCCUAGUGCAUGAAUGGGUACUUCAGUGGCAAAAGAAAAUGGGGAAAUUCCUCACUAGUCAAGAAAAAGAAAAGGUUGAAAAAUGCAAAAAACAGAUUCAGGGAGCAGAAGCAGAGUUCAACUCUCUGGUGAAGUUAAACCAUCCCAACAUAGUCCAUUAUGUAUCUAUGAGCUUUAAGGAGCAUAGUGACUCAAUUGUGGUGGACAUUUUGGUGGAACACAUUAGUGGGUCCAGCCUUUCCAGCUGUUUGGACAAAGGGACCCCCCUUCCCAUCGAUCAGCUGCGUCACUACACAACCCAGCUAUUGUUAGCUCUGGACUAUUUACACAGUAAUUCAGUUGUACACAAGUUUCUGACGGCAUCCAGUGUGCUGGUGGACACUAAAGGAACCAUUAAGUUGACAGACUACAGUAUUUCCAAACGUUUGGCUGAUAUCUGUAAGGAGGAUGUUUUUGAACAAACCAAAGUUCGAUUUAGUGAGGAUGCCUUGCCAAACAAACCAGGGAAAAAAGGAGAUGUCUGGCGAUUGGGCUUGAUGCUGCUCGCACUCAGCCAGGGACAGACUACUAAGGAGUAUCCAGUUACAAUUCCAAAUGAUUUGCCUGCUGAUUUUCAAGACUUUUUGAAAAAGUGUGUUUGCUUGGACGAUAAGGAAAGGUGGACCCCUCAGCAGCUAUCACAACACAGGUUUAUAAACCCACCACAGAUGAAGCCGCUUCUAGUGGAAGAAAGCCCCAGUGAUUCAGCAGGAAUAGAUGAUAUUGAAACAGUUAUUCCCAGCAGUCAGAUUGCUAGUGAUGUGUUCGUCACAGAAACACAGAGGCAGUUUUCCCGCUAUUACAAUGAGUUUGAAGAAUUACAACUGCUUGGUAAAGGGGCCUUUGGAGCAGUUAUCAAGGUCCAGAACAAACUGGAUGGCUGUUGUUAUGCAGUCAAGCGAAUUCACAUAAAUCCCACAAGCAAGCAGUUUCGAAGAAUUAAAGGAGAAGUGACACUGCUGUCACGUCUGAACCAUGAAAACAUUGUACGGUAUUACAAUGCAUGGAUUGAAAAGCACGAGAGGCCUUUGCUUAGUACUCAAUCAUCAGAUUCUACAGAAGGAAAGAAAGAAGCUGAGAAGCUGACUCAGAAUGGGAAGGGCGUAGAGGAGUUCAUGGACAACAUAGAAGCCAAUGCUCCUCCUCCUGUCCUGACCAGUUCUGUGGAGUGGAGCACCUCUGGCGAGAGAUCCUCAAGCACCAGGUUUAGUGGGGCUGACCAGGAAUCCAGUGACGAUGAUGACGAUGAGGAAGAUGGUGACGGAGUAUUCUCACAGUCUUUCUUGCCAGCAGCAGAUUCUGAAAGUGAUAUCAUUUUUGAACAUGAAGAAGACAGUAAAAACCGUGGAACGGAUGAAGAUUGCAAGGGAAAAGAGAGCCAUAGCGAGGAAGAUGGAACGUCCAUGAUUCAAACUGUCCAUUAUCUGUACAUUCAGAUGGAAUAUUGCGAAAAGAGCACCUUACGAGAUACCAUUGAUCAAGGCUUACAUGAAGAUACCAAUCGACUUUGGAGGCUUUUCCGGGAAAUUUUGGAUGGCUUAGCUUAUAUCCAUGAAAAGGGAAUGAUUCACCGAGAUCUGAAACCUGUCAACAUUUUUUUAGAUUCGGGAGAUCAUGUGAAAAUUGGUGACUUUGGUUUGGCAACAGAUCACCCAGCAUAUGCAGCAGACAUGAAACAAGGGGAAAGUGUUUCAGAUUGUCGUCUGGAGAAAAGUGAUCCUUCUGGUAACUUAACAGGAAUGGUUGGCACUGCUCUUUAUGUAAGUCCGGAGGUCCAGGGAAGUACUAAAUCUACAUACAACCAGAAAGUGGACCUCUUCAGUUUGGGUAUAAUAUUCUUCGAGAUGUCUUAUCAUCCAUUGACAACUGCAUCAGAAAGGAUCUUUGUCCUUAGUCAGUUAAGGCGUCCUUCUAUUGAAUUUCCAGAAGACUUUGAUGAUGUGAAAAAUGCAAAACAGAAAAUGGUUAUUGCUUGGCUGUUGAACCAUGAUCCUUCAAAACGACCAACUGCUAUGGAGCUUUUAAAAAGUGAACAUCUUCCACCACCUCAGAUGGAGGAGUCCGAACUUCAUGAAGUACUUCAUCACACUUUAGCAAACAUAGAUGGGAAAGCUUACCGGACAAUGAUGGGCCAGAUAUUUUCACAGCGCAUUUCUCCUGCAAUAGAUUACACCUAUGAUAGUGAUAUCCUCAAGGGUAAUUUUUCUAUUCGGAUAGCCAAGAUUCAACAGCACGUAUGUGAGACAAUCAGCAGAAUCUUUAAAAGACAUGGGGCUAUCAAGCUUCAUACACCUCUGCUAAUGCCUAAGAAUAGGAAACUGUAUGAACACAGUGAAGCUUCAUAUCUGAUCGAUCACAGUGGGAUGUUGGUGAUGCUUCCUUACGAUCUCAGAGUUCCUUUUGCAAGAUUUGUUGCUAGAAAUAACAUAACAAACUUGAAAAGAUACUGCAUUGAGCGAGUUUUCAGGCCUCGGAAGUUAGACCGCUGUCACCCAAGAGAGCUCCUAGAAUGUGCGUUCGAUAUAAUCACUCCUGCUGGCAAUAGUUUUUUACCUGUGGCAGAAACAAUCUACAUCAUUUCUGAAAUAAUCCAAGAAUUUCCUGUACUGCAGGAAAGAAACUACAGUAUUUUCUUGAAUCACACUGGCAUACUGAGAGCUAUCCUUCUGCACUGUGGGAUACCGGACGAUAAACUCAGUCAAGUGUACGCCAUUCUCUAUGAUGCUGUGACUGAAAAGCUAACUAAAAGAGAAGUGGAAGCCAAGUUUUGCAAUAUUUCUCUGUCACCAAAUAGUCUUGUUCGACUCUACAGAUUUAUUGAGCAAAAAGGAGAGCUGCAAGAUCUAACCCCACUGUUGAAUACAAUGUUGAAACAAAAGACAGGGGGCACUCAGUCAGUGAAACUUGCCAUGAAAGAGCUAGAAGAAACAGUGGAUCUGUUGAAGAAAUUUGGCAUAAAAUUGCAGAUAUCCAUAAAUUUGGGACUGGUUUACAAAAUACAGCAACACAGUGGCAUUAUAUUUCAAUUUAUUGCAUAUAUUAAACGCAGGCAAAGAACGGUUACUGACAUUCUUGCUGCAGGUGGCAGAUAUGAUCAUUUGGUUCUACAGUUCAAAGGCCCACAAGCGGCUGGCCUGCUUCCCUCGGCCGUUGGAGUCAGCAUAGCUAUAGACAGAAUAAGUUCAGCAGUUUUGAAUAUGGAAGAGCCAAUCACAGUGAGUUCUUGUGACCUGUUAGUUGUUAGUGUUGGCCAGAUUUCAAUGGCCAGGGCUGUCGGGGUUGCACAGAAACUCUGGAAUGCAGGAAUUGCAGCUGAAAUCAUGUAUGACUGGUCCCAGUCCCAGGAGGAGUUACAAGAAUAUUGCAGAUGUUCUGGAAUCACCUACGUAGCCCUUAUUUCUGAUAAGGAAGGAAAUCAUGUGAAGGUGAAAUCAUUUGAGAAGGAAAGACACACAGAGAAAAGAAUUUUAGAAUCUGACUUAGUAGAUCAUCUGGCCCAGAAGCUGAGAACCAAAUUUUGUGAUGAAAGAAGUAACAGAGAGACUUCUGAUAAUCUGCCGGCACAAAAUCUAAAAGGAUCUUUCUCUAGUACUUCAGGUUUGUUUGAAUCUCAUGGAACUAUAGCAGUGCCCAACAUCUGUAUUGUUCCACCAGAGAAAUUGUCUGCAAGUGUGCGACGACGUUAUGAAAUGCAGGUGCAGACCAAACUUCAGACCUGCUUCGCUACUCUGCAACUGAAGUCAAGUGAAGUUGAAAUUUUAGCAGUAGAUCUACCAAAAGAAACUAUAAUACACUUCUUAUCAUUAGAGUGUGAUGCAGAUGAACAAACAUUCUAUACAACUGUGAAACAACUGCUGUCACGGCUCCCUAAACAAAGAUACCUCAAACUGGUCUGUGAUGAAAUCUACAAUAUCAAAAUUGAAAAAAGAGUGCCAGUGCUUGUUCUCUACAGUUAUAGAGACGAUUGCUACAAGAUUAUAUUUUAGUUACAAAUGUGUUUGAAGAGAUGAAUGUUAGGGUAGUAAAAUACUGCCCAGAACCAAAAACAUGCUUCCAACUAUCUUAAUGUGAAGGAAUAUUUGCACACUCUUGUUACAGAGAGAAAUUCUAAGUGCUGAUGCCAAGAGCAAGACCAGGCCAAUUAUUGUCUUUGAAAU